UAGAGCCCCCGGGAGACCGUGUGGAGUUCAGUCCGGGACACAGAGGGCGAGGGUCGAAAAGCCCUCGGUCGGCGCCCGCGGGCCUGCGGCAGCAUGAAAAAGAACCAGACGGUGCAGGGCACCUUCAGCAAACUCUUCGGCAAGAAGCAUGCCAACCCUGCCACCACCUCCCUCUACGCCACCAACCCCCCGUGGAUUUUCACCCAAGAGGCCCCGGAGGAGGGGAGCAGGGAUUUCGAUGGGAUCUACUAUGGAGACAAUCGGUUUAACACAGUGAGUGAGUGUGGAACAGCUACAUUGAAAGCUCGGCCGAGAGUACGGCCCCUGCUGACCUUCCUUCCACUGAAUGCCCAGGAGAACCACGGGCUGGCUGUGCCCACCCCCUCUGUCCCAGAAGAAUUUGCAGACAAAGAAGUAACAGGUACUGGCUCGCUAGUCAACGGCAACCUCCGGCUGUACAGUUCUGUGGGUGACCUAAGGCCUGGGCACUAUGGCCAGGACCUACUCAUCCCCCCACCUCCUCCAGGCCCAGCUCCAGGGCCACCCUCAGAUAUUUCACAGUCCCGAGAGGAGUCCCCACCACCACCUCCACCUUCUACAGCUCCUCCGCCACCUCCCCUGCUACUGGAACCCCCACCACCACCUAACACGGCCCCACCUCCACCCCCAAUGUUGGGGGCUUUAUCCCCCCCAUCUGCUCUUCCCUCCUCCCCAACCACUCCCACCCCUCCUGACUUCAUUCCCCCUGCCCCACCCUUGACCAUUCUAGCCCCACCCCCACCCCCUUUACCAGCUCCAGCACCCCCAGUUCCAGUGUCUCCUCACACAAUGGGGACUCGCCUCUUUCCCCCUGGGGGUGUUACCAAGUGGAAAUCAGAGGUAGCACUGAAUGGCAGGCAGCCAGAAGCCUCUGGGACCAGCCCCCCCAGGAGCCCUGCUGAGCCAAAGGGGAGCCCCCUGGGACCUAAGCCAGAACCCCACCUCACCUUCCCCCGUUCCUUCAAGGUGCCUCCCCCAACCCCUGUCAGGUCUUCAUCCAUCCCAGUUCAGGAAACACAAGAGGUUCCUUCAGAGGAAGAAGGGGCCACCAAGAAGGGCCCCAGCCGACUUCCAUUGCCCCCUAGCUUCCACAUCCGUCCUGCAUCGCAGGUCUACCAGGACAAGGCCCCUGAGUCACACGGCCCCCGGGAGCCCAGGACUGUGGCACCAGCUAGUCCACAGCUGGACAAGUCCCAGCCCUGGACAAAGGAACAAGCUAACACUCCACCCCCAGCUCCUCCCCUGCCUCCUCCUGCACCCCCACUGCCUCCCCCAGCACCUCCCCUUCCCCCGGCUGCCCCUCCUUUGCCUUCUGCGGAGAAGGUAAUCCCUCCACCUGCUAUGCUUACCAAAAAACCCAAACCCAGCUCUCCUGCUCCUAAGCCCCAGCCCAAACCCGAUCCCCCUAGUCCAGAGGAUACGGGUUCUUCAGCGCCUGUGGAUUUGUGGGACCCCAGCCAGAUGGCAAAGCUGCGGAGCGAGCUGGCAGCCUACCUCUGUGGCUCUAGGAGAGAGGACCGAUUCGUCAAUCACCGGCCAGGCCCAACGGUGGCAUCUCAGGAAAAAGAGGACAAGAAGGACCCCAGUCCACCAGAAAAGAAGGCGCCCCCAAGCCUGCCAGAGGAGGAGACUCCCCCAAGGGUUCCUGAGAAGAGUCCCUGCAACCUACCAGAGAGGGAGGCCACAACAAGCUUGACCCUUCCCCCUGUGGACUAUAUCCCUCAAGACUCCCCAACUCCGAGUGUCCGGCAGAUCCGGAAUAAGCUGGAGGCCCGGUUCUCCUCAUCAGCAGAGAAGGAAACCAAGCCCAGCAUAGGGUCUCUGCCUCCCAAACCUCGGUCUGAGGGGGAUAGAGUCUUUGUAAACAAGACUGACAAUGGCAAGUUCUCCAACCCUGUGACCAAGGCUGACAACGACAAGUUCUCCAACCAUGUGACCAAGGCUGACAACGACAAGUUCUCCAACCCUGUGACCAAGGCUGACAAUGGCAAAUUCUCUGACCCUGUGACCAAGGCUGACAAUGGCAAGUUAUCCAGCCCUGUGACCAAGACUGACAAUGGCAAAUUCGCAAACUCUGUGACCAAGGAUCCUCCACCUCUAGCCACUUUUCCUCAUAUAACCACACCACUCCAGUCCAAGGCCACACCUGGGCCAGUCACACCACCCAAGUCCGUAACUGGACCAGCUACACCACCCAAGGUGACAGCCGGGCCGUCCAUACCAACCAAAGCCUUGAAUGAAUCAGCCACAUCACCCAAGGUCACCCCUGGGCCAGCCAUGGCACCUAAGGCCAUGCCCGCACCUGCUGUAUCGCCCACUGCCACAACGCUGCCCACCACACCGUCCCAACUGACAACAGGAAAGAGCCUAGUGGGAACUAGGCCAUGGGAGAAACCAGAACCUCAAGAACUUGCAGUGCCCUCCCUGCCAGAGGCAGAAGGGCGCCCCUCAGAGGACAGAAAUUCUCCCACACCUGCUGUCUCAUCUCCAGCCCUCCCACCCAAGAUAUACCCUGGCCGAGAAGAGGGGACAUUUCUCUACAAGACCCAUCGCAGCCAGAACAGCCCCAGCCGAGAAGUUGCUGUGGUUAUGCCCACUGUGGCCAGAGGAGACGCUGCUUGGGUAGGGGAGCCCAUGGAGGUGAAGGAGCCCCAGGGGCUGCCAGCCAAACCCUCAGCCUCAGCCCAGCCUUCUGACGAACUCCUCAGGCAUCCGGUGACGGGGGAGGUGGUAGAACGGGGCUCCCCGAUGGCCCUGCUCCUCGCAGCCAGACAGAGGGCACAGAAAGGGAGGUCUGGAGGGGCUGCCCUGGGCCCAUCCUCCCUGCCAGGGAGUCUCCGUGGCCACAGCCGCCAGCCAGAGGCAGCUUCUGACAGCAUCUUCUACAAGGAAGGCCGGCCCAACUCCUUCACUGUGGUCCCCAAGGUACCUAAGGAGGCUGAGAAGGACCCCCAGCUGGCCUUGUCAGCCCAGCCCCCAGGAGCCAGUCAAUGGAAACCUCAGCCUCCAAGAGACCCAGAGCCCAGACACCCACAUAACUGGCCAAAGGCCCCGGCCCAGGCCUCUGCGGCCUGGGAAAGACCAGCUCCCUCCAGCCUCCCGCAGGGCCGCCCGCUGCCCAAGUCCUUCUCGUCCCCUCCUUCUCCUUCCUACAAGAGGGAGGAGGACGGCGAGGAUCAGGAGUUCAGCUUUGACGUCAUCCCACCGCCCCCAGAGUUCAGCAGUGACCCCGAGCCCCCGGCCCCCGCCCUCCAGUAUCUGAGCCGCCGGAGCUCCCCUCCGCGGAACAACUUCUCCAACUUGCGGCAGCCGCUGGACGCGAGCCCCGCGGCCUCAGCGGCCCGCAGCUACCCCCGUUUUUCAGGGGGUGCUUUCUACGGCCGGGCCGGAGGCCUGGAUCGCUUCUCGGGCGGGGGUCGCUCGCUCAUCAAGAAGCGGCUGUACGUCGGGGAGCCACACCGCAGCCCCGGGCUGCCCCCCGGCGGCACGGGCCGCAGCAUGAGCACCCCCAACUGCUUCGGGCCGCAGCCCGGAGGGCCCUUCGUCGCGCCGGGGGGCCCCGAGAUGCGGCGCGUCAACUCGGCGGGCCGAGCGCCCCCCGGCGGCCUGCACGCGCGCAGGCAAUCCCUGGAGGGCGCCGCCCGAGGAGAGGCCAAGUACAAGGCGUCAGGCGGCGGCGACUACGCUUUUGGCCCCUCCAAUGGCAGGUCUCCCCACAGCACCCCUCACUAUGGAGGCGCCAUCAACACCUUCACCGUCAGACCGGGGACCCGUCACCCCAUCUCCUACGCCUACUCUGGGACCCAUCGGAAAGCCACGUCCUGAGCCCAGAGUUCUCUCAGCUCUACUCCAAGGGGUCGAAUCUUGGCACUUGUUUUUGUGGGGGUGGGAGGGAUGUGGCAGGUGUUAGGCAGCCUGAGCAGACAUGCAGGAGUUUUUGUUCCUCGGACACUGACAGACGGACAGCGAGUGAGAGGCAGUGGCCCCAGAAGAUCAAGGGUGGGCUUCUGUUUCCCAAAGCACAGCUGUGGCUGUGGACAUUCUGCCGGUGGGAGUGGGCUGGGGAAGGAGGGAGGAGAGGACCUGGAGCCCGAAUUUCCGCUAUCUGAUACUAUUUGCUUUAGCAAGACUUAUUUAAAGCAGUUUUACAAGCAUGACCUACUGAGCAGGUUCUAAAAGCCAGGGGUGGGGAAGUAACUGAAUGGGAGCCCACCAGGAUGGCCCUGGUUGCCUGUCUGUGUGGGGGUAGAGGGCGCUAUAGGUUGAUCUCUUUAGUCUCCACUUGUCGACUAUUUGCCACCUCAAGAACUGAUGCACAGAAACCACAUUGGGGGACCAGAGAGAUGUAUGCAGCACACGUAGAGAAGAUAUACCUGAUCCGAGCACAUUGUGUUGGCCAAAGGCAGGGCUGGGGGGGUUGAUGGUUCACUUCUCCCUGACCCUGACCCGUAGCCACAGGGAGGCUUAGUGAGAGACAUGGCAAGUUUAGAAUGGGAGACAUUCCCAGACAGCCAUGAUUUGGGGGAUAGGACCAGAGGAGCCAGAAAGCCUGAGGGCUUGACACUAAAGGCCUUACAUGGCCAGGUUCCAUAUGGGAUUUGGAGGAGACAUUAUUCCCAACACCUCUCCCAAUCUUGAUACUACAGAUCCCUAAUAUUAUUGAGUCUUAAAAUGUGUAACCAAGAUACCAGAAGGCCUUGGAGAGUAGAAGGCAGCAGAGAGGGGAAUAGAGGCCUGAGAAGAGGCCGCCAGUGGGGAGUGUGUUUUAGAAAGUCAGGAGUGACAGGACCCAUUCGGAGCAGGGGGCCUAUGAGUAGGGUGACGAUGCUAGCUCUGCCUGGGCAGUCUGGGUUUAUGCCUGUUUGUCAGUGGAUUUGAUGCCGCUCCAUUUUGGCUUUGGCUGACAUGGUCACCAAUCAUAUUGGGGCAUAAUAUUCCUUAGUCUGUGCCCCGUCUUCAGGUCCUGUGGGGCAAUAACUGAAUUUCUGGGACCAGACCAAGCCAGGCUGCCUUGGUAAGAAGGAAAGGCAGGGCUCCUCAGAAAGCAACUGCUAGGGAGCAGCCAGAAAGCAGUUCCCUUUUAGGGCACAGUGUCAGGCCUCUAUGAUCAGUGGUGACAAGCCAGCCAAAAGGACAGCAGGGGAGAGAAAGUGUGCAAGGGUGGUAGGUACCCCGAUGGGGCAGGAUCUGGUCACUGGUGUUCAAGAAGCAAACCUCACCCAAUGCCAGCACUGGCUCUAUAUAUGUGUGUAUUAGCCCUGGACAUUGUUUUAUAAGAGAGUCCAUUAAUUUAUCUGCUGCGUUAAGGCUGGAGAGGUGGGACAUGGACUCCCAGCUGCACAUCGCUCUGGGCAGGGAAGAACUGGCUCUCACUUGGCUUGGGAAAUAAACAGGCCAGUUUGGUCUGGUCUCUGGCUCUGUGGCUGUGGAUUGAUGACUCCAAGCUAUGGGAAUGUGG